AUGCCCGUAAAACUAGUCCACAAUCGAAGGAAACAAGCAAUGUCCUCAGAUUUGACCGGCCGUAACAAGGAGGAAGUCACUCUGCUCUAUAGUGAGCAUCCCAGGGAAGAGGGCGUUGCCAAAAACGGACGGGUGCUAAGAAUGAUGUACGAUAUUCGAACGCCACCGUUCCUAACCGCCGAGUCUGUUGUGGUCAGCAUAAAAAUCGAGCCGGAUAAACCUUCAUUCUUGAUUAUGGCGACGGAUGGCAUGUGGGACAUGCUCUCCAGUCAACAGGCAGUUUCUCUUGUUGGUAAAUCGCUAGAAUAA